AUGAGGAAGGAGGUGCUAGGGAUGUUGGUGCAGUCACAACAAGAAAUGGCAGCAGCUCUAGAGGUGGUGGAUAUUACUACAAAGGUUGCUGACGUUAUUGACGAUAUGACUUACCGGAUGGUUUUUGGAUGCAACAAGGACGGGAUGAAUGACUUGAAAACCCUUGUAAACCCUUGUUCGAGAGAGCACCAGUUUGAUGUGUUCCUUAGUUUUAGAGGAGAAGAUACCCGCUACACUUUUACUGACCAUCUCUAUAAGGCCUUGCGUGCAAAAGGAAUUGAGACCUUUAUGGAUUAUCAGCUUAGAAGAGGUGAGUUGAUAACUCCGGCACUUGUUACAGCAAUUGAAGGAUCAAGACAUUCCAUCAUUGUUUUGUCAGAAAACUAUGCAUCCUCAAAGUGGUGCCUAGAUGAACUGGUGAAGAUAUUACAGUCCCAAAAUACCAAAGAACGGAGGGCUGUGCCAAUUUUCUACAAUGUGAAUCCGUCAGAUGUUGGAAACCAGAGGGGAAGUUUCGGAAAAGCCUUGGCUGACCAUGAAGAGAAGUUGAAAGCAGACCAUGAAAAGAAGUUGAAGUAUGAUAUGGAGAGGGUGCAGAGAUGGAGGAAGGCUCUCACCCAAGUUGGCAAGAUAUCUGGAUUCACUUCAUCUCGUGAUAAGCCUGAGACUCAGUUUAUUGAAGAAAUUGUCACGGAUAUUUCCAAAGAUUUAAAUUGUGACGAUAGAUUGGAGAUGCAUGAUUUACUUCAAGAAGUGGGUUGGCAAAUCAUUCGCAAGACUUCUCCUAAAGAGCCUGGCAGACGCAGCAGAUUAUGGGAACAAAAGGAUGUCUCUCAUAUUUUGAAACGGGAAACGGGAGCUCAAGAAGUUGAAGGCAUAUUCUUUGACUUAUCUGGUUUGGAGGAGAUGAACUUUACCACUAAAGCCUUUUCCCAGAUGACUAAUCUUAGGUUGCUUGAAAUCUACCGAUCUAACCUUCGAGAUACCGGGGGAAAGAUGCAAUGUAAAUUGCACGUUUCUGAUGACUUCAAAUUUCAUUACGAUGAGUUGAGGUAUCUACAUUGGGAUGAAUACCCAUGUGAAUCACUGCCAUUCGAUUUUGAGUCCGAGAAUCUUGUUCACUUCUGCAUGCCUCGUAGCCGCCAUCUUACUCAGCUCUGGAAAGGACAAAAGGUCUUUGGAAACCUCGAAUUUGUGGAUGUCAGUUACUCCCAAUACCUAAAAGAAACUCCCGAUUUUUCAAGAGCCACAAAUCUUGAAGUUUUGGUUCUCAAAGGAUGUACAAAUUUGCGUAAGGUUCACCCUUCCCUUGGAUACUUGAGCAAACUCAUUUUGUUGAAUUUGGAAAACUGCACAAACCUUGAGCAUCUUCCAAGCAUCCGUUGGUUGGUAUCCCUUGAAACCCUUAUUCUCUCGGGUUGCUCAAAGCUAGAGAAGUUACCAGAAGUUCCACAGCAUAUGCCAUAUUUAUCAAAGCUCUGUCUAGAUGGGACUGCUAUAACAGACUUUUCUGGCUGGUCAGAACUUGGAAAUUUUCAAGAGAACUCAGGGAAUUUAGACUGCUUAAAUGAGCUCAAUUCAGAUGAUUCCACCAUAAGACAACUACCUUCUUCCAGUGUUGUCCUGAGAAAUCAUAAUGCAUCUCCUUCGUCUGCGCCUAGAAGAUCACAUUCCAUUCGUCCUCAUUGCACCUUAACCUCACUGACGUAUCUGAACCUUAGUGGAACCUCCAUCAUUCGCCUACCUUGGAACUUGGAACGACUUUUUAUGCUGCAGAGGCUUGAGUUGACAAAUUGCAGAAGGCUUCAAGCACUGCCAGUGCUUCCAUCGAGUAUAGAACGUAUGAAUGCAAGUAACUGCACAUCACUGGAACUCGUCUCCCCUCAGUCAGUUUUCAAACGUUUUGGAGGUUUUCUAUUUGGUAAUUGCUUCAAACUGAGGAACUGUCAUAGUAAGAUGGAGCAUGAUGUACAGAGUGUGGCAUCGCAUGUUGUCCCAGGUGCAUGGAGGUCCACUUAUGCAAGCUGGCACCCUAACGUUGGGAUCCCGUUCAGCACUGUUUUCCCUGGUAGUGAAAUACCGGAUUGGUUCAGGCAUCAUAGCCAAGGGCAUGAAAUAAAUAUAGAGGUACCUCCAGAUUGGUAUAUUAAUAGCAACUUCCUGGGUUUUGCUCUUUCUGCUGUUAUGGCACCGCAGCACGACUCCCGGGCUUGGUAUAUGUACUGCGACUUGGAUACCCAUGAUCUUAAUUCCAAUUCCCACCGCAUAUGCUCGUUCUUUGGUAGCUGGACUUACCAACUUCAACAUACACCAAUUGAAUCAGAUCAUGUAUGGCUGGCGUAUGUUCCAUCAUUUUUGAGCUUCAGUUGUGAGAAAUGGAGUCACAUUAAGUUUUCAUUUAGUUCAAGCGGGGGCUGCGUUGUGAAGAGUUGUGGGUUUUGUCCAGUGUACAUUAAAGGUACCAGUGAUGAAGGGGAUUAUUCCAGUGGAAGUGCCCUUGAUGAGCCAAGAAGGCAUGCAGCCAAACCCUCCCGUAUCUCAUACCAGUAG